CUGCUGCUUCACUGCUGGCCGUAUGCUGUCAUAGUGACAGUCAACAUAAAUAAUUUUGCAAUAUUGUAACUGGCACGAACAAAAAACACAGACGCCCGUUUUAUAAACAAAUUGUGUGCGACGUGCCGAACAUUCGAAGUCCAAAAGUGUUGGACGCACGUAAUCAAAGUGCAUAUGGUUUUUCAGUGAUGAUUGCAUUAACGUUCUAAACGAGCGGCAGAAUGGAAGACUACAAGUUCCUGUUUAAAGUGGUGCUUGUUGGCAAUGCUGGUGUUGGCAAGACAUGCCUUGUGCGGCGUUUCACGCAGGGGUUGUUUCCGCCCGGACAGGGCGCUACAAUUGGUGUAGAUUUUAUGAUUAAGACUGUUGAGGUAGACAAUGAAAAAGUUAAGUUGCAAAUUUGGGACACGGCCGGCCAGGAGAGGUUCCGCUCUAUUACACAGAGCUACUACAGGUCUGCACAUGCACUCAUCUUAGUUUACGACAUAUCAUGUCAGCCGACAUUUGACUGCCUGCCGGAUUGGCUGCGGGAAAUCGAAGAAUACGCGAGCAGCAAAGUACUCCGAAUAUUAGUGGGUAAUAAAAUGGACAGGGAGGAUCGAGAGAUUCCGCGGCAUGUGGGCGAAGAUUUCGCGCAGCAACAUAAUAUGUAUUUUCUGGAAACUUCUGCGAAAGAGGCGGAAAAUGUCGAAAAGUUAUUUAUGCAAAUUGCAGAGGACUUAAUGGAGCAAGCUAGAAGAAGAGAUUUGCUGCGCUACGAUAGCCACACGACCCACAUCGAGGGCAAGACGAGCACAAUAGGCGACAGCAAUUGUUGUAGUAAAAUGAAUUGAAAACUGCACGAAUUUGCACAAAGUCGUCGCCGUCGCGUUAUUGUUGUUCACGUUUCUUUAUUUACACAACUUACAUCGUCAAUCGUACUAUAAAUUAGGUUGUACUCAGGUAAUGAAAUAAUCACGUGCGAUUCGUCUGCGCCGACAUUCGUAAACCGCGAACACGAACAAAAACGCAAUGAACAAACCCAACACAUACUCUAUAACAAUGUGGGUGUGCGGACGAGUCAUACGUAUGCGCGCGUGUAGGUGUAUGGGAAGAUGGGCAGGUAUUUAUGUUUGCACAUUAAUUUAUUGAUUUGUUGAGAAACCAGUGAAUGUAAUACUACUGUUGCUUAUUAUUCGAGCGUUGAAUAUAUUUAUUCCAGGUUAUUUAUUUUCGAAGCAAUAAUUGGCGUAAAUUCAUUUUCGGUUCGGUCGAAACCUGAAAACUUUGAUACUACCUAAAUAAACUAUCUUUGCUGUGAUGUUCUGUGAAUGUAAUGGUACAAUUAUGAAGCAUUCCGGUCUGAUUUGUUGUAUUUGAGGUCCCAGACCGCACUUAUACAAAUAAAGAAGACAUUUUCUAUUAUAAAUAUUGUAAUCUUAGUUGACUUGUGAAUCACAGCAAUUUUGCACGUUUUUUUUUUAAUAGUUUUUAAACGUUUUGGUAGUCGUAGGCUGUAAGUAUGGCGAGCCAAAGAAUUUAUGACGUCACUGCAAGCAAAUAUUAGUAAGAAAAUAUUUGUUUGUUUGAAAACAUCACCUGUGAAUGUAAAUAUCACAAAUAUCAAGCCAAUUAUGGACCAUAUAACGUUGUAAUCGAGUUCAUCAGUCAGUCAAAUCUUAUGAGCAUUAUUAGUGGAUUAAUUCGUGAAUUUGUUAAUUAAUUUAUAACACUUAGCGUUUUUUUUUUUUUUUCAUUAUUGGAAUUUUGUAAUAAGUAGCGAUCACAUUGUACUAGUGUAAUCUUGUUGAAUAUUUCAAAACACUGUGUCAAAAGCAAAGAAAAAAAAAACGCGAAACUGGUGGUUGUAACAAUUUGCAAGCUUUAAUUAAUUCUUUGAUAUUUGUAACGAGCUAGUAUGUAAGGAUAUUUGUUAUUGUUUGUAAUGGAUCACUUCAUUUGCACCCAUCGUCGAUAUUUGCAUGGUGUAGGUAUGAUUUUUGAUAUUUUAUCAUUAACAUGUAUUUCAUAGACUUUUUUAAUGAAAAUACGAAAUUGUAUGCAUCAUUCAAAAUAAAAAUGAUACACUAACCAA